GUUUUUUAAUCUGAAAAAGUUGUCCGAAUGUAACUAGCUCGUCUCAUCGCUGUCUUAAAAGUUCAGGAUUGGACCCGGCCUGACCCGUAUAGGAACCGAAUACGGAAUACCCAUCUCGGCACUGCCAGAAAUCUGCAUCACAUUCCCCGGGAAAAGAAAAGAAAAUGUACUCGGCGAUUCGGUCGUCGCUUCCGCUGGAUGGCAGCAUGGGAGAGUAUUCCGACGGAACCAACCUUCCCGUCGACGCCUGCUUGGUCCUAACAACUGACCCCAAACCCCGCCUUCGCUGGACUUCGGAGCUCCAUGAGCGAUUCGUCGACGCCGUCACCCAGCUCGGCGGACCCGACAAAGCAACGCCCAAAACGAUAAUGAGAACGAUGGGGGUGAAGGGUCUCACUCUCUACCACCUCAAAUCUCAUCUUCAGAAAUUCCGCCAGGGGAGGCAAUUAUGCAAAGAAUCAACUGAAAACUCUAAGGAUGUUUCUUGUGCUGCGGAGAGUCAAGACACAGGUUCAUCUUCAACGUCAUCCUUAAGAUUGGCUGCCCAGGAACAGAAUGAGAGUUACCAGGUUACUGAAGCUUUGCGUGCCCAGAUGGAAGUCCAAAGAAGACUACACGAGCAACUAGAGUAUGGGCAGGUUCAACGGCGACUACAGCUCAGGAUCGAGGCACAGGGGAAGUAUCUUCAAUCAGUUCUAGAGAAGGCUUGCAAGGCUAUAGAGGAUCAAGCUGUUGCGUUCGCUGGGCUAGAAGCAGCUAGAGAAGAGCUUUCAGAGCUAGCCAUAAAGGUCUCCAAUGGGAGCCAAGUCCCAUUCCACACAACCAAAAUGACGGUUCCGUCCUUAUCCGAGCUUGCUGUAGCGAUAGAGCACAAGAACAACUGUUCAGCAGAGAGUUCGCUGACUUCAAUCCCGGUUUCAGCUACUUUGAUGAAGAGGCAUAGGGGUGUGUUUAGAAACGGAGAAAGCGUUGUUGUGGGUCAUGAAACUGGCUGGGUUAUGCCUAGUAGUAGCCUUGGAUGAAGGUAGAGAGGCCAGAUUUUAGAUAAUUUGCUUUCUUCUCGUAAUUUAAACUUGAAAACUGUCAGCUAAUGUAUAAAUUUGUUGAAGCUCUAGUGUCUCCUUUAGUUUUGGUGUA